CACUCACUCUCGCAUUUGUUGUGUCCGAGUCAUGGCGAUCAACACUUGACUACGUUUCGGCCCUUAAUAGGCGGGUUUUGUUAUACCGCCACUGACGCGCCACUAUCCGUUGAUGCAGCCGGUCGUAUUUAAUAGCUUUGACACAGCAGCGUCAGUCCAGUCAGCCGACGCCGCUUGCCUCUGUACAAUCAUCCUGCUGUGAGCGAGGUUCUGCGAACUUGAACCGAUUGCAUUCCAUCGCCGAACGAAAAACCGCUGUGGCGCAGAUGCUUCCCGCCGAAAUCCAGGAUGAGAUUGUGGACCAGCUCUCGGGCGAGCCGCGUGUGCUCAAGGCCUGCGCUCUGACAUGUCACCACUGGGCCAGACGUGCACAGAGGAGCUUGUUCCGGACUGUCUCCAUUCUCCAUGGGAGUCAUCACAAACGCGUCAAGAGCAUGCUCAAAGCGCAUCCCGGGCUCGCACAGUUCGUCCGGGUGCUCUCCAUAGGCAAACCGGACCCCGAGCGCGCAGAGCUCGACGUCGAAUGGCCCGAGCUGCUCCUGAUGAUGGACCGCGUGGAGGAGCUCAACGUCGGCACGCUGAACCUCUUUGCGAGGGGGGACGUCCGGGAACGCCUGAAGACAUAUUUUCCUCGCGUCCGGAUGCUGCGCCUGCUCGGGACGCACAGUCUGCAAUGUGAUGACUUUCUGCAGUUCCUGGCAGCGUUUCGAUCGCUGUCUCUGUUGCACCUGUCGGACCAAGUACAAGUUACUCCGCCUAUCGGAGGCUCCAUGCAGCAUCUGGACGUCCCACCCACGACAGACUCGACACUCGUAUCGCUCACGCUCCGUGCGGCAUCGGGCAGCACCGCUGCAUGUUUGCUAUAUUACCUCCCUCUGCGAACAUUGCGCAGGCUGCAGCUGAAGUUCGACAAACUCGACUCAUCGCUCGACUGUAACGGACUGCUGCGAGCGGCCGCACCCACGGUGGAGGAGCUCGUGCUGCGCCUGCCGUCGUACCAGCUGCUGGCGAUCAUCCUGCAGUCGCCCGUGCCCUUCGCGCGCCUCCGCCGCCUGCACCUGAAGGACGCGGGCCUGGAGGUCAGCGCGGUCGACUAUCGGUACCCCGCCUGGAUGCUGUCCGCCCUCUCGCACAUCGCGCGGUGGGAGAUGCGGGCGAACCUCCGCGAGAUCGUGCUCAGCAUGCCGCUGCCGGGGACGGGCCCGUACCAGCGGCCGCCGGAGAUGGUCGAGCUGCCAGGCGCGUUCGCCGACUUCCCGUUUCCGUGGGUGUCGCUCGACAUGACGAUGGCGCGGCUCGCGCAGGACAACGAGGACCUGACGUUCACCGUGAACAUCCGCUAUCCGACGCUCGACAAGGUGAAGCAGACGACUUUGACCGACCCGGAUUGGGGACAUAGUAGGCUUCGGGAGUCGCGGAUGGAGGAGGUGCGCCCGCAUGCGCUGAGGGUGUUUGUCGGGCCUCAUUGGGAUGCGCUCGCGGGCUUUGGAGGCGAGCUGUGCAAUACGAGACCGAGGUUCAGAACCGCUCUUGCGUAGGACAUGGUUCAUGGUGCAACUCGGGAAAGAACAAGAACUCGAAUGCGUGAACAUGUAUUGGCAUGACAACUGCUGGCAUGACAACUGCUAAUGUAACAUCGAGAGGUGGCCCGGGAUGCUACAUCAUCAUGUUGCCACAGUCCGAUCGAGUGCCAAUCCGAGUAAGGAAAGUGGUGUCGUUGGGCUCAUCCAGCCAUGCAACCUCUCGACUCCUCACCGACACUGAAACAUGUGUGCUUGCUGCUGCUUGUGCAUUCUGAG